AUGAAAAGAAAUGUAGAGUAUCUCUAUUUGUUGACUAAAGUAAGUCAAAACAUAAAAAUAUCCUUAAGCUCCUAUAGUCAACAAAAACCAAAAGCCACAGUAAUUCUAAUUUAGACCAUUUUAAAAAAAAGCAGAAUAUAUUUAUUGUCUCUCCUUACUCUUUCCAACCUUAGAUUUUUGUUGAAUAACAGGUAUUUAUAAAUUUUUCUUGAUAUAGCUAUCUUUUCCAUAACACAUAACAUCAGAUAAUAUUUUAACUUUUGUUCUCAAAUAAAAAAAAUACAAAAUAAUUUAGGAUUAGAAUAAUUUUCAAUCAGUUAUGAAAUUGAAAAACAACGAAUUAAACCAAAUAAAAUAAUUUCCAUACCUUAUACGAUGA